AUGAAAUCUAGAGCAAGAUCAAUAUUUUGGUGGCCUUUGUUGGAUCAAGAAAUUGAGAAAUUGGUUAAAACUUGCAAUGGCUGUUCGAAGACACAAACCAUGCCCCCCAGAAAUAAGCUCACACCUUGGGAUUGGCCAAAGAAACCAUGGCAAAGAAUUCAUGUCGAUUUUUUUGGACCUUUGUAUGGGAAAAAGUACAUGGUUUUGAUUGACGCGCAUAGCAAAUGGGCUGAGGUUGCUCCUAUGUCGAGUACGACUGCACAAAAUACUAUAGAAAAACUGCGAGGAAUAUUCGCUUGUUUUGAAUUACCACAUACUCUGGUUUCGAAUAAUGGAUCACCUUUUGAUUCAGAAGAAUUUAAUCAGUUUACAACAAAUAAUGGUGUAAAGCAUAUUCCUACGCCACCAUAUCACCCCCAGAAUAUAAUUAAUAAAUCCUUGUUUGAUUAUAGGAAUACACCUCAUACUACUACAGGCGAAACUCCUGCAAAAUUGAUGUUUGUUAGAGCUUUACGUACCCGAUUAGAUCUUUUAAGGCCUGGUUUAGAAGAACGAGGGAAAAACCACCAAACUGAUCAAGAAAGGAAUUACAGAGGAAAAUGUAGGAAAGGUUUUGAGCUUGGGGAAAACGUUAUGGUCAGAAACUACCGUGAUCGAAAUGAAAAAUGGGUUGAAGCACUGGUACUUGAUAAAAUAGGUUACAGUGUAUAUUUGUGCAAAAUAAAAGAGACUGGUGUAGUAUGGAAAAGGCAUAUUGAUCAAAUAUGGAGCUGUCAUAAUGAGGAUAUGUUCAAGUUAAAAGAAUUGGAAGACGAAGACAGUAAUUAUCGUAGUAAUUAUGAUAGCAAAACGUUGGAAUCACAGGAAAUUUGGCCAUACAUCCCAGAAAUAGACAAUUCUAGAGAAAAAGCGAAAAAAGGGCAGCUAGAAAAAGAAAAUAUUGGAACAGUAGAAGAAAACCCUAAAGCAAAUAGUAAAGAAAAUCAGAACGUGACAUCUCGGGAAAUCAACAACAAUAGUGGUGCUUACAAGCACCCUCAUAGAAUACGACAAGCACCAGACAGACUGGGUUACUGA